UUACAUCCUGCCCUCCGUAGUUUGUACAUCCGGAAGGUGGGGCUUUUGUUGCAGGAGCGGUUUCAGCGUUUGGAGAACCAAUGCCUCGAAAUGCUCCAUUAAUGCAGUCAUCAAGAUAGCAUCAACCGAGGGGCAGAAAUACAAAUCCUGCUGUCGGGUUGUGUCAGAGAGUGUCCGGGUGCAGAGAAGUGUAUGCGUGGGUGGGCGUGUGUGCGUGUGUGAGUGAGUAAAAGAGACGCAAGGAAGAAUCCAGUGAUGGCUACCAGUAAAGGUAAAAACCAGAGCUCUCUGGCACUGCACAAGGUGAUAAUGGUGGGCAGUGGAGGCGUGGGGAAGUCGGCCCUCACCCUGCAGUUCAUGUAUGAUGAGUUUGUAGAGGACUAUGAGCCCACCAAGGCAGACAGCUACAGGAAGAAGGUGGUUCUGGACGGGGAGGAGGUCCAGAUCGACAUUCUGGACACAGCCGGCCAGGAGGACUACGCUGCCAUCAGGGACAACUAUUUUCGCAGCGGGGAGGGCUUCCUGCUGGUCUUCUCCAUCACAGAGCACGAGUCCUUCAGUGCUACUGUGGAGUUCAGGGAGCAGAUCUUGCGAGUGAAGGCGGAAGAGGACAAGAUCCCUCUCCUGCUGGUAGGGAACAAAUCGGACCUGGAGGAGCGUAGGCAGGUAUCUGUGGACGAGGCCCGAGGGAAGGCGGAGGAGUGGGGCGUCCAGUACGUGGAGACAUCAGCCAAAACCAGAGCCAACGUCGACAAGGUAUUCUUUGACCUGAUGCGUGAAGUACGAGGCAAGAAAAUGUCAGAAAACAAAGACAAAAACGGAAAAGGAAAGAACAAGAAGAACAAGAAGAGCUUCAAAGAAAGAUGCUGUUUACUUUGAACUCUUCAUGGACCUUAACAACCCACAGUACAACUGAUAGGUUGGGGAACAAAGCAGAGCGUCCUUGCCAUUGUCAUUCAAAUGAAAUUGUAUCUUUUUUAAUAGCUGGUUCUAGUUUAGUGUUUAGAACAAUCCCAACCACUUCUUCUUUUGUUUUUGCCAUUUUUAAUUCAUGAAAUCUGAGCUUCUGUUUUAUUGGAAGGUAACCACUGUUGUGACUGUGACUUGGACUGCAGUGCUUGAUGGCUCAUAGUAAGCCAAUGACCAAACUGCCACUGACACUAAAUCUGCUGCUCAAGACAUUCUCCACUGUUUAACUCAGCGAUUAUACUGCCUUUGACUUAGGUUCAGUGUGUUUUACACCAGAAUUGUUGAGUCAAGUAAACAGUGCUCUUAAUUUCUUUUACCCGCUCUGAAUCUUAACCUGCAUAAAUCUUAGUCUAUGUUAGUAAAGACCCCUUGACUCUAUGUUCAUCAAUUUACAAGAAACUCUAAUGCUGCUGUCUGUCAAGUUUGUAAUCAUUUUUGAUAACACUUAAUGUCUUGCCUAUUGAAGAUGUUGGCCUCAUUCAUUCAUUCAUCUUUCCAGACUCUGAUCUGAACAACUUCAGACCGUGUUUGGAAUCGCUGUUGAGACUGGAAGUUUCAAAUGUUUUCAUUUUUGAGCCCUCAAGGCUGCUGUUUUGUAGUAAUGUUUGUUUUUUCUUUUGGUUUUUUUUCAGUUCAUCUGAGGAUUUGUGAUUUUCUGACCACAGGAGAAUCAGACCGUGCAAUCAAAGGACUUGUUGCCAAACAGGGUUAUUUUAUUCCAUUUUGUAUAAGGCCUUCCAUGAUUACCACAAAUCAAUCACAAGAUGCUUUGCAGUUUUUUCAGCUGCUGCAAGAUAAACUCUUUGGUGACUCUAAAUCACAGGAAAAACAAAACAAAUGUAUGAUUACUCAGAGCUUCAUGUAAAUAUUUUUAACAUUUGUUAGAUAUUUUGAGGCUGUGAAAGGGAGGUUUUAAUGUGGUUACUAGUAUUUCGUUGUUAGUAAGUGAGCAGUGAUUCAGAGGAGAGAGCAGACCUAUUUUUCAUAAUGGUUCUCUGCCAUGUUCACGUAAUCUGGCCCUUCCCGCCCUUCUCACAGUGCAGAUUACUUCCUGUUUUACACAGUGUUGAAGUUUGGAGUCUCUACUGUGAGACUGGUGUUGACAAUCCAGGAGGCCAUCACGCUUCUGGUCCAUAAUGGCAUUAUAAUCAGUAAUGUCUUAUUAAUCUCAACAUUUCUGAAAUUCUUUUUAUUCCUUGGUCUUUUGAAUAACAUGCACUACAAUUCAGAUACCUAAGAAGUGGACUUUGUGCUGAAUGGAGUCACGCUGGAGAUUUUUAAACAGUUUGUGCCAACAAAAUCACAAAAAGUCAAACUAUGUUUGUAGAUGUACAGUAUGUUUGUUAAUUAACUGAGUGUAUGUGCAUUUACCAGGAAAUCCUUUCUGUGUCUGUGUGACUGAAGCUUUGACGAGGGCGCCAACUUCUUAACUGUUGUUUAAUCAAGUGCUACAGUGAACAAGAUGUUUCUACCACUGCCUAAACCAUUCUUUGUAACAUGCCCUCCCUUUUUUCCUUUUACUUCCUACAGCUGUGAGUAUGCUUUUAUCUCUCUGCAGCGAGUGUUGCCGAAUAAAUGCUUUGUUUUCUUUGUAAA